AUUCCAAACACGUGUUCGCUGUGGAGGACGGGGAGGGCUGCUUCUCAGCAAACUCCAAAAUGGCGGCUACCGUGAAGAAACAUGGAAUUCGUAAGAGACGUUUUCCGCAAAGCGCCACGAGGCAUGCUUUAGCUUCACCCUAUCAUCUCGAAUGGUAAGAGUUUUCUUUAAUGGGGCAACUAAAACGUAACAAUUUCUCGAUGCAAUUUAAGAGGAUGAAAUAUUGCAAGUUGAUUUUAAAUGGAUUUCAGCACGAAGUGAAUGAAGCUAAACAUAAUUGGAUUGUCUCUGGAAACGGAAAAAUACAGAUUUCAAGCUAUAGUUUUUGUUUGAACUUUAUAUAUUCGUGUUAUACGAAAAUCCGCUUCAUAUACGAUUGCUCCUCGAUCUCUGGUAUUGUCAUUAUCAUUAAACUGCUAUUUUUAAAAUUAACAUUACUGCAUCAUCAUUAUUUCAAAGGCCUGCAUUGAAAAGAGGAGGCAGCACAGCCAUUAUAAAUGAAAUUAUUAGGUGAGUAUCAUACCGACUCGUAUAAUGUGAAAUGUGAUCGAUGUUUGCACUUAGUCUAGAAAAUUACUGAAUAAUGUCUGUAUUGAACUCGACGUUUACAUUGAUAUUAUUUUUUAGUGUUGCCAGUUAAGUAGUGCGAGGUUUUUUGCCUUUUUGUGUUGCAUUUCAAGUAGAAAAGUAAAAAUCGAUAUUAAGGCAUUGUAUUUUGACCCUUCAACUCUCAAGAUCUGAUUGUGAGGUCUUCCCUCAAGCUGAUGCACAUUUCUAUGUUAAAUAGUCAUGAGAAUUUGGUAUUAGAUCAAGAUAGCAACCUUUACCUGAGUAUUCUUAUUUUCUGUUUGCUUGAUAAAAUAAGGAUGUCAUGGGAAGAAAUUACAUUUUAAUUACUUCGAAUAGUUAAGGUACUACUAUGACAAAAAAUUUUGCUUUUCUUUUUGUCAUCUUUGAACAUUGACUCGGUAAAAAUGUUUAGACUUAUACAAAACCCUAGUUUUAAGGUCGAUGAACGCAAAAUAAGCCUUGAAAUAGAUGGCCAAUUUUUGCUUCUUAUAAAUGGCAUAGGAAAUGUUGGUUUGUUGAGAUGCACGUGUGAUAUCACUAUGGAAAAGCUUGAAUUAGUGCCAACUCUUUUUACUGUACACGGCUAUUCUUGAAUUGAGUAAUGACAGGCGACCAACAUCAAAAAAACAUGGUUUAAAUAAUUGAACUUCCCGUGCAAAUAUUGGAUUAAAAGUUGGCAUGGUAAGUGUUUCUUACUUCUAGUCUCCAGGAGUGAAAAAAAAAAACAAAAUAAAGGAAAAUGUGAAACUUCAAUCAUAGUAGCACUUUAAGGGGUUAAAGCCAAACACCUUUAAAUCCACUAGAUCAUGAUAUGAAUUUCUUCUUCAACCAUUCCCCAUUUAGUUAUGUUCACAAGAGAAAAUACAUCUUUAUCUUGUUAAGAAGUCUUCCACAUAAUUAUUUUGAAAUAUUAGAAGACAUGAUGUCAUGUACCUAAUGUUAUGGGUAAUUGUUGUUGCUUUUAGAAAUCUCCAGACUGCUGAGUCAUGCUGACUUGCAUACCAUAGAACUUUCCAGAACAUUUCAUCGGGUCACACAUUUAUCAUGUAAAACUACCAAAAUAGUUCUUAUGUAAGCUUCUGGAGUGUUCCAGAACUUUGUGAAUAUAUGUAAAGACUCACUUAUGUAGUAGUAAGAGCAGUUGUUGUUGGAGCGACGACUGUUUCGAAAGCUAUACUGAGAGAGAGUUACUGCAGCAGAAGAUUGCUCACUUCAAGGAACUUUGGAGACAGCAGUGAGAUUGUGUCAAUGGUGAACUAGGAUAUAGACUGUGGUGGGCUUAAUUAAGUGUAUUAAUGAUAAGUAUUGUACUGCUUUGAGGAGUUGCUCCUUGUAAAGAACAUUACUCCCUGUUUAAUAAAGUAGUUGAGUUUAUGGGAUUGUAGUGUUUUUCUGUUGGUUAGAUCAUACUGUAACACUAACACAAGCAAUAUUUCAAAUUUCUUCAAUUUUGUGUCUUUUGCGAUUGCAAAAUAAUCCUGAAAUUAAAGACCAGCAAAUAGAAACCCUUACAAAAUUUACUCCCCUAUGGAAUAUUCAAAUCACAGAAAAAAAGAUCAACAUGUAACAACAACAACAACAUAUACAGGAUAUAUAGACAAAUACACAAAUUGUUAACUGGUUGUACUUGUAAGUUCUGUUUUGUAUUUUCUUUUGAGAAAUGAAGUCAAUUUGCAAAGAUUUCUUAUAUGAGUAGAGUAUCUAGCUACAGCUGUAUCAUUUUUGUUUGAAUUGCCAGACUCAAACAAAUUCUCUUUAUCUUUCAUGCAUUUGUCUAAAGUUAAGACAUUUUUAAGAAUAAAAUGAAGUUUAGAACUAAAGAAAAUGCCCUUCUUUCAUAUUUGCCGAUUGAAAUUGUCAAAAUGAAACCCUCACUAAAUACUGUCAUACCAAAACUAAGUACUUGCGAAAUUAAAUACCAAGAAGGGUCAAGUCGAGUCUACCCAUAAUGAAGAGACAUUUCAAGAAACCUUCCUCUGUAAAAAACAGCAUUUUCCCUUUACAGGGUACUUGAACCACUUCAGUUUGAACAACUGUGCACUAAAUCAAGGAAAGCCUCAGAACAAAAUGAGAAAGAUAAAGUAAAGCAUCUGAGAUCAGGCCUUCUCUUGGGCCUCUCAAAUGUUAUAAAAGCUUUGGAAAGAGGAACUGUCAGAUUAGUGUUGGUAAGACAAAAAACAUUUCUAUUACCAUUUUUCAUUACCCUUGUGUGACUAUGAAUGAGAAAGUUUUUGGAACAGGCUUUUCUUGAUGGCAUUUAUAUUGUCUUGCUCUCCAAUGCUGGUGGCCUAAAGUUAUAAAAUUAUAUUUUGAAGUUAAUAUUUUGGCUGUCAGAAUAUGAAGAUUGUAUGUGUAUAAGUGCAUGAUAGGUUUAUUUACUACUGACUGCACAUUAUCCCUUCAAUUAUUUUCAAAUAGUGUAACCUCUCACCGCAUGACUGAUCAAAUAUAUUGCCCAACCUUCAGCUUCAACAAAUACGUAAUUUACCUGCUAGCCACUGGUAGAUCAAUAUUUCUUGAUUGUCCCCAAUUACCUUUUCUUUGCAAAUAACCAAAAAAGGCUAGUUGAAACUGAUUGUCUUUUCUGUGUAAUUGAUUGUUGUUUCUGUGUAAAUGUUUAUGAGGUUGGUUUAGCCUUCCUGUAAGAAGUGGAAACUGGAUACCUUUAUGGACUAGGUUUUCCUUAAUUUCAAGGUUGAUCACCAUAUUGAGCCACCUGCUCUUCUUCAGCAUAUUCUCCUCCUGUGUACGACAAGGAAGGUUCCUGCUGGUGCCAUAUUUGGUAUGAGUAACUCAAGAGUUCCACAUGUGCUUGGGGUGCGCAAGUUGGCAGCUUUUGCUUUUAAGGUUGGUUAGCUAGGAAGUCAAUUGUGAGCUUAGCAUGGCCCCCUUCAUUUGAUUUUCCAUGAUUUGUCCUCCAAGAGUUUGCAAGUUUCAGGUGCAGUUAAAAGAAAAGGUCUACUUCAAAAUUCUGGAUUGGUUUUCUUACUUUCAUUUUGAUUUAUACUUUGCUAAUUGUGCAUUUUAAUUUACACCCAAUGUAUGCUAUAUUUUGUUCUUGGCAAAAGAAAGGUUAAGUCUGACUCAAUGUCCACAGGUAAUUUCAUCAUUUAUAUCUCUGCAUGAUGAAGCCAAAUUUUUUACUUGAUAAUUUAUUUGAUUUGUAGUUCAUCCUGUAAUAAUUUUGUGCAAGGAUUCUUUGAUAUCUCUUUCUCCUUUUAAGAACACUGAUGUUCCAACAAUAUAUGAUGGUUUGGUUGAUUAUAUCACAACUAAAAUUCUGCCUCUUGAUGUACCUUGGCUUCUCUCAAGUGGAGAGCAAAGAGAAACUCCUACUGCCAUAUACACUGCUGAGGGAGCAGAUUCUGACAAAAAACAAUUUCCAGGUAUCCAGGAUAUGGAGAUUGAAAUGGGAGAAUAUAAUGAUGAUGGCAAAAAUGGAAAUUUGCCCACAGGUGAAAGCAAAUCAACAAUUUUGCAAGGUGCUGGAGAUUCCAGUGGUAAUAUCUCAAGCAAUGAUGAGGUCAACAGAAUUUUACCUGGUACAAGUGCUUCCUUUGUAAGUUUGCAAGAUGCUAAUGUUAAUAUAUCACUCGCUGAUGGAAGCCCAGCAUGUAGUGACAAUACGGUUCUCAACUCAUCAGAUGUCUGUACAGACAGUAAUUCCAAAUUGAAUUGUAGUGGCAAUUGUAUUAGCAAUUCACAAGGUAAUCCUGAUGAUACACAAUGUAGCAGUGAUGCCAAAUCAAAUAGAGAUAGCAGCAAAGGAAGAAGAUAUGGACAGCCAAGUUUAGUUUAUUUAAGACCUUUUGUAAAGAGCUAUAUGGUAGAGAAGGACAAACUCUCCAAAUAGUUUAUCAGUGUUUUGACUAUUGCUCCUAUCACUGAUUGUUGUUGUUGUUGGAAAUAAAUUGAAUCGUAG